AUGACUAUACUUUUAGCUCUAACAGGUGUCUUCAACAACUGCUUGGUUGCUUCGGUUGUUUGGAGAACAAAACAGAUGAAAAACUCAACGAAUUUCCUACUAGCAAACAACGCUAUUGCGGAGGUGUUCUACCUGGUAACUUCUGCACCAGUCACUGCUUACCUUGUUUUACAUCGGGCGAGAUUCAUCACAUCAGCAACGAGUGUUUUUCUCUCGAAUUUCUUGGACUUUCUUGUGUUGAUGCAUACUCUAUUAUUCUGCGUAACAACCAUGAACUUGGCGUUGUUAUCGAUUGAACGUUACAACGCGUUAUGCAAUCCCAUGAAAAUACAGCGAAGAUUAGGAAAACGUGGCACCAAAUUUUGUGUGUUAACAAUGUGGUUGUUGGCAGCAAUUCUAGUCCUUCCUGUUGCUAUAAACUUCAUAAUGGUGGAGGGUUUUGUAGUCAUUGAAAUCUUCAUCUAUUUUUGCUUCAUGAAAGGAAUACUAACUAUUAUCACAGGUUGUGUGGUAGUUUACUGCUAUGGGAGAAUAAUAUAUGGUAUUUACAUUUCUAAAACAAUUUUUACUCAAACCAGUUGCGCUACCAUAGCAGACGACAUGAAAACUAAGAAAAAUGUCGUGAAGAUGUUGCUAUCUAUAACAUUCACCUUUUUGUUUGCAAAAUUGCCUGUAGCAUCAUACAGAGCAAUAAUGUUGUAUCUCGGGUCAUCGACUCCUAGUGAAAAAGAUGGUAUAAUAUUUGCUGCACAUACAUUAGGACAUGCGUCUUCUUUUCUAAAUCCUAUCAUAUAUUUGCUGUUUAGCUCGAACUAUCGUCAAGGAGCUCUUAGAUUAUUAAAAUCGUGUUCUCUCAACAAGGUUAGCAAUCUACCCCCUACCCAGCAACAAGCAAGAGACUACUUAAAAUAG